AAUUUUGAUAGUAAAAAAAAAUUUCCAUAGUCCCAUUUCUAUUGGCAAAAUUUACUAUCGCAAGUUUCAUUAUAUAGGUAUAAUCCUAAGUUUGUUUUAAAAGCUAAUGUAUUUAUUAUGGGAAAUCAAGCUGGAGCUGAUGAAAAUGCCUCAACUUCUGACGCUUCAUAUAAACCCGCAGUAAUACAUUGGUUCCUUAAACGUCCUAUUGGUAAAGAUAACAUUUGGACACCAUUUUCACGUUACGAUUCAGCACUCUUGGAAACUGCGUAUGCAGCUAAAUCUACCGAAAUGAUAUCGGUUGAAGGUGGCCGUUAUGAUGCUGAUAUACAGCAACGUAAGAAGGUGCCUGUAUAUUGGGAGGGUGAUCCAAUAGAAAUUAAGCGUUGUUCUUGGUUCUAUAAAAUUGAUAAUUGGAAGAUUAUACCUUUUGAUGAAAGUAUUGCUAAAAGACUAGAAGCAGAGUAUGAGAAAGCAGUUAAUACUGGUGUUUGGCAUAAAAAAAUAUCAAUUGAAAGAGGAAAAUAUGUUAUUCUUCAUAAACCAACACUAAUUGCAUAUCUUCACCAGAAUAGGAUUCCUGAUCCUUGGGGCGGUGUGACGCAAAUAAACACAACCACAUAUGAGGUAAGGCGUGAUUUGAAAGAAUUUCAAAUAGAGGAUGGGGAAACAGAGCGUGUGGAUCAACUUUUAUUUGUAGUACAUGGCAUUGGAGUAGAUAGCGGACUGACAUUACGUACUUUGCAGGAAGUUGUUGAUGAAUUUCGGGAGCUGGGACAAAAAUUGAUACAAUCACAUUUUAAGACAUCAUCAAAUGCAAAUGAUAUGGGUCGUGUAGAAAUUUUACCUAUAUCAUGGCAUGGACGUUUGCAUUCUGAGGAGUUGGGUAUCGACAAGAGGUUAAAAGCAAUUACAUUAGAAUCGAUGCCAAAGCUACGAAACUUUGCAAAUGAAACAUUGCUUGAUAUUCUCUUUUAUACAAGUCCCAUAUAUGGUUAUAGAAUAAGAAAAGUAGUUGUGGAAUCUAUGAAUAGAAUUUAUGAGAAAUAUUGUGCUAGACAUCCCAAAUUUAAUGGUAAUAUUUCAGUUGCUGGACAUAGUUUAGGUGCAGUUAUAUUAUUUGAUAUAAUGUGUAACCAAAUACCACAUGCAGAAAAUGACAAUAUUGAUGCCUCUACAUCCAGUUUUAGCAUUGAUGAGUCACAGCUAAACUUUGAACCACAUCAUUUCUUUGCUUUAGGAUCACCAAUCGGCGUAUUCCUAACGGUACGUGGUAGAGAAAAACUGGGUUUGAAUUUUCAGUUACCUACAUGUCAAAACUUUUUUAACAUUUUUCAUCCCUACGAUCCGGUUGCAUAUCGUAUGGAGUCACUUGUUAAUCCAAAAUUAAGUGCAAUAUUACCAGUUUUAAUACCACAUUAUAAAGGGCGUAUGCGAAUGCAUUUAGAAUUAAAAGAGAAAAUGAGGAGGGUGGGUCAAGAUUUAAAAUCACGUUUUAUGAAUACUUUUAGAACAACACUAAAUAAUUUUCCACUAUUGGGCGCUAAAAUGAGGACGGAUUUUAUAAAUGCAAUGAAUGAGGAAGCCGAACAGGCGGUAACAGCUGAAUUACAAAAUACACCGGAGGAAGAGGAAAGUGGAAAUCAACAAAAUGGCGAAAUUCAAUUAAAAUCAAGCAACGCAGUUAUGGAAACUGAUACACAAAUUGAACUUUCUCCAUCAAAUAAUGAUAUUUCAUUAGGUCAAUUAAACAAUAAUAAUCGUAUCGACUAUGUAUUACAAGAAGGACCCCUGGAAUACUUCAAUGAGUAUAUAUUUGCCAUAAACAGUCAUGUGAGUUAUUGGGACUCAAGGGAUACAGUAUUAUUCAUUUUAAGGCAAAUUUACAAAAAUUUAGGACAUGAUCUGGAUAUUCAAAUUUCUGAUGAAUCUAUGCAAUAGACCAAUUUACAAAAUUUUAUAGAACAAAAACUAAC